AUGGCGGGGCAGUCCGACCCGCAUCUCUCCCUCUUCUCGCCCUCCGAGGUGGAGUUCGUGGCCGAGGAUGAGAUCGUCGAGAUCGUCCCCAACAUCCGCAUGGAGGCCCUGAACAUGAUCUGCGGGGAUUUCGGGCCCUUCUUCCCCCAAAUUCCAAGCAAGGUCCCUCUGUGGCUUGCUGUGGCGCUCAAGAGGCGUGGCAAGUGCACCAUACGUGCACCCGAGUGGAUGACUGUUGAGCGCUUAACACAGGUGUUGGAUGCUGAAAGAGAGUCACCUAGAGAAUUUCAACCAUUACCGUUCCACUAUAUCGAAAUAUCUAAGCUUCUGUUUGAUCAUGCUCGUGAUGACAUCACAGAUGCUUACUUGGUGAGAUCUUUGAUCGAGGAUAUCAGAGAUGUCAGGUUCCAUAAGGUCGAGUCUGGAUUGGAGACAAUAUCUGGCCGUACUCAUGCUGUGAAGCUCAAAAAUCUCUCUGCAAUGGAGGUGAAUAUCGUGCGUCCAUUUAUGGUGAGAACUUUGCAGGCGUUCUACAAGCAUGAUAGCCCACAGAUGAUUCAGCAGGCAGACAACACAGGGAGCAGAUCAACACCGGUCACAGAUCGCGGUCCAAGGAGAGACCUAAGGCGCAGGUAA